CAACGUUGGGACGAUGUGCGCAGUCAGGGGUGUCCAUCAAUAAGGCAUGCCUGGUGGACCUGGAACUUGCAGCUGCUGCUCUUUGGCUUGUCAGUCCACGCUGGUCCAGCAGUUCAGAUCAUAGAAGAACAAGGCUCAAAAGGACAUCUUGACCUCACAGAGCUAAUAGGAGUUCCUCUUCCUCCUUCUGUCUACUUUGUCACUGGCUAUGGAGGGUUUCCAGCUUACAGCCUUGGUCCAGAUGCUAACAUCGGUCGAUUGACAAGUGCUGUAAUACCCUCGGCUUUCUACAAAGAUUUUGCUAUUGUAGCUACAGUGAAACCAAACAGUGAUUAUGGAGGAGUGCUAUUUGCAAUAACAGAUGCCUUCCAGAAAACUAUUUACCUGGGAAUGAGACUUUCAUCAGUUGAUGACAGCACACAGAGAAUAAUUAUGUACUACACAGAGCCUGGUUCCCAUGUCUCUCGAGAGGCUGCUUCAUUUAAAGUGCCAGUAAUGACUAACAGGUGGAACAGGUUUACAGUGACUAUUCAGGGAAAUGUUGUGGCUUUGUUCAUGGACUGUGAAGAAUAUCAGAGAGUUCAGUUUCAAAGGUCAGCUCAAGCCUUGGUAUUUGAAUCUGGCUCUGGGAUAUUUAUUGGCAAUGCAGGAGCUACAGGACUGGAGAAGUUCACAGGCUCAAUUCAACGUCUGACAAUCAAAUCUGACUCAAGGGCUACUGAAGAUCAUUGUGAAGACAAUGACCCUUAUGCUUCAGGAGACAUCAGUGGCAAUGGCAGCAUUCAAGAACAGGAAGGUAUUUCCGAAACACAAGAAGUCCUUGUGCCUUCUCAUCUUCCCAUAAGGCCUGAAGAUAUGCUGACUGAGCCAGUGGAAGCCCCCCCAACUAUGUUGUCUUAUUUGGAAGAAAACAGUUUCUCUGGAAAUCACAGAUCAGAAGAAACCUCUGAAGCAGGUUCAGCUGUCAUGGAAACUGGGCAAAACAACACUGAGUCUACCACUGCGACACAGAAAAUCUUAAGAGAAGAAGAUGGCUCUGAUGCUAGUAUUUUGCCAGGAGUAAGCAGAGACGAGGGUGAUCCUGAUGAGGGAUUGCCAAGACCCACUGGACUAGCAGGACCCACAGGACCAUCUGCUCCUUCCAGAAGAUUAACACAGCCCACCAGUGAUAGCAGUGGAAGCCCUGUGGUGGACUUUGAAACAAAACUAACUGUCACACAGAGUAUUGUCAGUAUUCAGGAAGAUAAUUUGCAAUAUAUUCCAGUGACCAAAAUAGAUUAUAUACUCUCCUCAUCAAGGAGUGAGGACUGGAACAUGAAGAAUCGGGUUCUGAAGACAUUGAUGGAGAGGACUGAGAUUUUAAGAGGUCUUCCUGGGCCACCAGGCCCUCCAGGACUGCCUGGUCUUCUGGGAAAGCCAGCACCUGAUUCAGGUGUAGGACCUCCUGGGUCACCAGGGGAAGACGGAGCUUCUGGUGAACAUGGCCCUGAAGGUCCUCAAGGUCCUCCUGGUCUUGAUGGAGUGGUUGGCCCACAGGGACGGAAAGGAGAAAAGGGUGAUCAAGGUCUUCCUGGUCCUGUUGGCCCAAAGGGCAAUACUGGAAUCACUGGAUCAAGAGGCCCCAAAGGAGAAGCUGGUGCUGUUGGGUCACCUGGGAAACCUGGACCAGCAGGACCUCCUGGCCCCUCUGGGUCCCCUGGCCCCCCUGGACCUCCUGGACGCCCAGGACUGAGCUACAGUUCAGGAUUUGAGGAUGUGGAAGGAUCGGGUAGCUUUGGCCUGUUAAGUGAGUCCAGAAUUCCAGGAUCAAGAGGGCCAAAGGGUCCCAAAGGGGAGAAGGGUGACCCAGGACCUCAGGGUGAACCAGGAAAAGAUGGGAACAGUAUUGUGGGACCACCUGGACCACCAGGACCACCAGGACCACCAGGACCAAUCAUAGCAAUAUCUGAGCUACUACUCAAUGAUUGCAGAGGGAAUUUUAACUCUACUGCAGUUAAAGGACUGCUUGGGCCUCCAGGCCCUCGAGGACCAAAGGGUGACACUGGUUUACCUGGAUCACAAGGCCCCAAAGGACAACAGGGUGAGAAGGGAGAACCAGGAGCUUUCAUUGCUGCUGAUGGAUCCUUAACUGAAUUGUUAGGAAGAAAAGGAGAGAAGGGUGAAUCUGGAGUGGUGGGACCAGUGGGACCAAUGGGACCAAUAGGACCUACUGGACCUAAAGGAGAACUUGGUUUCCCAGGACGUCCAGGCCGCCCAGGACUGAAUGGAUUGAGAGGUGUGAAAGGUGAUCGAGGAGAAGCAACUAAUGGCCUUCCUGGCUUGCCUGGACCCCCAGGGCCCCCUGGACCUCCAGGACGUAUAGUUUAUAUCAAAGGAACAGUUUUCCCACUUCCUCCCAGACCCCAUUGCAAAAUGCCAGCAAGCUCACCUUACCAUGGGAAUCAAGAAGCUCCUGAAGUCCAUGAUGCUAAAGCAAACAGAGAUUCCUGGAGGCUGCAAAGUUCAGCAAACUUAAAAGGAGAAAAGGGAGACAGAGGUGCUCCAGGACCACCAGGUCCACCUCUGCCUCCAUCACAUUUCAGCCAAUUUAUUAACAGCAUAAAGGGUGAAAAAGGAGACAGUGGAGUCACAGGUGUGAAAGGAGAAAAAGGAGAACCAAAUAGAGGUUUUUUUCUGUCAGGACCUCCUGGACCGCCUGGAAGACCAGGAUUAGUUGGACCAAAAGGAGAUUCAGUUGUUGGACGAGGACCUCCAGGUUUACCUGGCCCUGGCUUACCAGGUUAUGGAAAAAUUGGACCUCCUGGACCACCUGGACCACCAGGCCCACCAGGACCCCCUGCAAUAUAUGGCUCAGCACCUGCAAUGCCUGGGUCACCAGGUCUCCUGGAGAGCCAGGGUUCCUGCAAGCAGGAAUCUGGUAAGACAUGCCAAAUAAGGAAGCAUGACAUUGACACCUUCCUUCAUAUCUUUUGGUGGCCAUCGGUAGCUCUGAGAAAUGAAGGAAAGCUUCGUCCUGUGUUUUUAUUUAUUAGAAUGAAUGACUUUGUGAGUAUUUCACUGUUGGAAGAAGCCUUGACAUUUAUGUGUUCAAUAAGACUUCAAUUUAACAAUUUAAUUACAAAAUGUUCUGUGUGUCUGAUGGAAUAUGCUGCAUUUUCCUACUUGACAGGUUACAACAUUCCAAACACAUUGAGGGUAUGUGGAAAAGUUCAUUACGUAGCAGAAGGUACACUAAUCUAUCUCAGUGAAACCAGUGAGGUUUUUGUCCGUGUUCGAAAUGGAUGGAGAAAAUUGCAGCUUGGUGAGCUAAUUCCUAUUCCUGCUGGACAGCCUCCUCCUCCAGCUAUAUCGAGCCAUGUAAGUACAAAGGAUUUUCAGCCUCUUCCAGCACUGAGUCCAACAUCAAAUGUGAACAAUGGAAAACCAGCACUGCAUCUGGUGGCUUUAAACUUGCCAUUUUCUGGUGACAUGCGAGCAGAUUUUCAGUGUUUUCAACAGGCUCAGUUAGCAGGUUUGAAGUCUACCUAUAGAGCCUUCCUCUCAUCACAUUUGCAAGAUCUGGCCACAGUUGAGAAAACAGACCGAUACCAUUUACCAAUAGUCAAUCUUAAGGUAAAAAUGAAUGCUUAGGGAGAAACACUUUUCCAUAACUGGGAAUCUAUUAAUGGAAAUGGUGGACAAUUCAACAUUCAUGCUCCAAUUUACUCCUUCAAUGGGAGGAACGUCAUGACUGAUCCAUCUGGUGAGCCUCAAAAAGUAAUAUGGCAUGGUUCAACAGCAAAUGGGAUCCGACUGGUUAGCAACUACUGUGAAGCCUGGCACACAGCUGAUAUGGGAGCUAUGGGACAAGCGUCACCACUGAAGACAGGAAAACUUCUUGAUCAGAAAGUAUAUAGCUGUAGUAAUCAGUUUAUUGUUCUCUGUAUUGAAAACAGUUUUGUGUCUGAUCCCCAAGGAAAAUAAUUAGCCUGUUACACACAGAGGAAUUCCAUCUUAUGACAGAGAAAGCUGACACUGAAAUUUCAUUUGUAGAAAUGUAAAUUUUUUAAUAUUUGUAAUUGCACAUGCCAGGAAAAAAUAGCAAAGAAAACAUACCUCAACACAAACCACGU